UUUGUGUUAGUUGUAGUGUAUGAGCGAUGGCAGCAUCUCAUCUUCUGGACGAACGAGAAGAUGAUAGACCCAGCGGCGGCUACCAUGUGAUGGUGACGAUAGAGGAUAGGCCACGCCCCCAGGCCACACCCACAGGACGGACACGCCCCUCUAUGGUCACGCCCAGUGGCGAUCAGGUAGACGAUAAGUCAGACGACAGCACGCCGACACGUUUGGCGCGGAGUUUCCGUAAAGCCUUGCGGAAAAACCAGGACUACGUUCGCAUCAUCGUCCCGAAGUCCAGCGGCUCCCGGCUGCCGUCGGAAUGGUGGAAGACGGGAAUCGCCUUCAUCUGGGCUGGAUUUAACCUCGUCCUUACUACCGUCAUGAUCACCAUCGUCCACGAGAGAGUCCCGGAUAAAUCCGUCAGCCCGCCGUUACCGGACAAGUUCUUCGAUUAUGUGCCGCGUGUGGAGUGGGCGUUUUCUGUCACCGAGGUAAACGGGAUGAUCCUCGUGGCCCUGUGGUUCAUUCAGUGGCUCUUCCUCAAGCACAGGGCCAUCGUGGGCCGAAGGUUUUUCUUCCUGCAGGGAAUGUUGUAUUUGUACCGUAUGGUGACCAUGUACAUCACAACUCUUCCCGUUCCCAGCAUGCACAUGGACUGCGCCCCGAAGCUCUACGGUGAUUCUCACGGCAAGAUCGAGCGUGUUUUGCAGCUGGUGUCUGGAGGAGGUUUGUCCAUCACUGGCUCUCAUCUCAUGUGUGGAGACUUCCUAUACAGCGGCCACACGGUCAUGCUGACCCUCACCUUCCUCUUCAUCCAGGAAUACUCGCCCCGCUCGUUGCUAUGGCGUUGCUAUCAUGUGAUCUGCUGGUUGCUAAGCGCGGUGGGCGUGGUCUGCAUCCUGAUAGCGCAUGAGCAUUACAGCGUGGAUGUAGUUGUGGCGUAUUUCAUCACCUCACGCCUCUUCUACUGGUACCACACCAUAGCCAACAACCAGGCCUUGAGAGGAUCUCCUCACAACUACCUAAACCGGAUGUGGUGGAGCCGCGUGUUUAGCUUCCUGGAGAAGAACGUUAAGACGACGGUUCCCUGCACGUUUUCAUGGCCGCUAUCGCUUCCGUCCUCAUGCUUCAAGAACCCAUGCAAGAGCUACUCGAUAGUGCAGAGCGCACGAGACGAAUGACGCCACAGACACCGCGCGAGCAGAUCGAGAUCCUGUUUACUUGAAGCGCAGCUUUUACAUGCUUUUGAUGGAAGAAAAUGUCGUCAAGAGUUUAUCCAUAAAGACAUGUGCUGCCCAGGGUUUGUUCCUUAUAGUAUUGUUUUCGCACUGUGCUUAGACAUAAUUAAAAUGUUUGUUCUAAUAAUGUUUCUCAGUGAAGGAUUGCGAAAUGUGUAUCGUUUAUAAUUGUAUAGUUUUGAUUUUAAUUUAUUUGUUCAUUACCUUGUAAAG